ACGUUUGUGACAACUUCCGUGUGUGACAACUAGCCCCGGUCUCGCUUAGUACUGGCAAUUAUUGGGUAUUUUGUGGCCAGAAAGCGUCUGACAAACACAGCAUAGUUUUAAAUGUUAGAAGUUGCCCAAUAAGAGAGUUAGUUUCGAUGUUUUCUCCACGCCUCCAUGCAGACACGAAGAAUAAGACCGCAGUGUAGACUGGUGUGAUGAUCAUAUGACCGCCUGAGAUUCAACAUGGCUCGCGUGCUGCUCUUUUAUCUGUUCACUCUGUCCGGUGUUUUCGCCGGACGGUAUUUUAAUGAGAAUGAGCCCUGCUACAGACCCCAGCCGAGGAGAAACCUACAAGGAGUCAAGACUGGACCACGUCCUUAUGAAUAUAUGAAUUUAAAAGAGCUCCCCAAAGCAUGGGACUGGAGAAACAUCGACGGCGUCAACUACGUCAGCACCACACGCAACCAACACAUACCACAAUACUGUGGCUCCUGCUGGGCGCAUGGAAGUACUAGUGCUAUGGCAGAUCGUAUAAACAUCAAGCGGAAAGCAGCAUGGCCAUCUGCCUAUCUCUCUGUCCAAAACGUGAUUGACUGUGGUGACGCAGGCUCCUGCCAUGGCGGAGAUCAUUCUGGUGUGUGGGAAUAUGCAAACAGUAAAGGCAUUCCUGAUGAAACCUGCAACAACUAUCAAGCCAAAGAUCAGGACUGUAACACCUUUAAUCAGUGUGGAACCUGCACAACCUUUGGCGUGUGUAAUGUAGUAAAGAACUUCACUCUCUGGAAAGUCGGAGACUAUGGCUCAGUCAGCGGGCUGGACAAGAUGAAAGCUGAGAUCUAUUCUGGAGGACCCAUCAGUUGUGGGAUCAUGGCAACAGAAAAGCUGGAUGCGUACACAGGUGGUGUGUACACUGAAUACGUACAGGAUCCCUAUAUAAACCACAUUGUAUCUGUAGCCGGUUGGGGUGUUGAUGAGAAUGGAGUGGAGUAUUGGGUCGUCCGUAAUUCUUGGGGAGAGCCAUGGGGAGAGAAAGGCUGGCUCAGAAUAGUCACCAGCGCAUACAAGGGCGGCAGUGGGAGCCAGUACAACCUCGCCAUCGAAGAGGACUGCAUGUAUGGAGACCCCAUCCUACCCAAAAACUACCUGUAGAUGGCUGUGAUGUUCUUCACAGAGAAAAGAGCCUUAGAUUUGCCAAACAUGAUUUUUUUGAUGCUGCCCAAGAUCAGUUGCAGAGGUUUUGUUUGAAUCGUUUUUAAUCUCAGGAAUGUUUUAGAGAAAUUUGUACAGAUUUGUUUCUGUAAUUCUGCAUUUGUAGGCCUCCUUUUUAUUGGUUUUCUACAAACCCUAGCAAAAAGGGAAACAUUUUUUAUCCACAUUUUUAGGAUGUUUUAAAUGGACCGAACUCAGGCCAAACGGUCAUCUAAUGACCUUGUGUGCUGAAAAGGUUUUAGGGUUUGCCAUAUGUAUUAAAAGCAAAAUUACAUAGUUUGCUAUUUUUGAAUUUGCUUUUCAUGCAUCUGUCAAACUUUUUCAAUGGGAAGCCUUGAAGUUUUCAAUCACACUCUUUAAUAAAAGUCUUAUCAAGUUCU